GGCACUGCGGCAGUGCCGAUAGAAAACAGCAGCUUUUUUUGGCACUGCGGCAGUGCCAAGUGCCGAAAGCCACUAUCUCCACGACCACCAUGACUCUCAAAAAGAAGACCAAAAAGGAACUGCUAGUAGGCCUAGCCUAGAUACGAAAACUAAGGCCUCAGAGCAUGUCUGCUCCUUGACAUGUUAGCGGGUCAAAGCGACCUUUCAACACCAACCGAAGUAACUAGGGGAUUGCUAAGUUUUUGUAUUCACAAGCGCCUACCUCUAGGCCUAGGCCUAGUGAUGAUGAAGAUGCAGAAUCAGCGAAGAAGAAGCAGAAGACCACAGAUGCUGAGUCAUCGCCAAGUAAACAACGGCAGUCUGACUUAAACCCUGAGUGGCAUAAACAGUUCCUAUGGUGAUAGGAAACAGAUAAUGGAGGUAUGAACUGCAAGCUGUGCAGAAAGCAUCAACGGCGACCGAGAAAGAGUAUUGUGCUUCAGCACCUCCCAGCUAGUUGAAGGGUUUGUCCGUAAUGAGUCAAUCAACCGUAUAGCCAUGGAAGGAGCGAUGAGGUGCCUAUACUGGCUUUGCAAGGAAGAAGUGCCUCAUAAUUCCCAUCUCUAUUGAACUUGUGCAAGAGUCUCGGGGUUGAUGUUUUAAAUUCUUUGAAGCAAGGUGGCAACGCUUCCUACACGUCAGAACGUUUCAUUCAGGAGGCUGUCACCACCCUUGGCAAACAGAUAUCUACACCCCUUCUACAGAAGUUGAGAGACAGCUGCUACUUCUCAAUCCUGGUAGAUGAGACAACUAAUGUUGCAGUCAAAAAGGAACUCAUAAUCUACAUAAGAUACUUGAAAGAAAGUGAAAGAGAAAGUGAGACUCUAUUCAGUGGUAUGUUAGGGCUGUAUGAUGGAAAAACUGAGACCAUUGUUAAAGCAAUCAUCGAUCACCUGCACAGCAACGAUCUUCCAAAGAACAUGUGUGCACUAGGCAGCGAUGGAGCAGCGGUCAUGGUGGGUUCUAGAAAUGGGGUAGCAGCCAAAUUAAAGGAACAAGUCCCACGUCUCCUGAACAACCACUGUGUUGCUCACAGGUUGGCAUUAGCCAGCUCCCAAGCAGCCAACCACAUCCCAUAUCUAAAGAAGUUUAAGGCCAUUGUUGAACAGUUAUACAGGUUUUAUAACUACAGUCCUGUUCGUACAGCUUCCUUGCAUGAAAUUCAGACUAUCAUAAAUGACCCCAGAAUUAAAAUAACUCAGGCCAAGCAUGUGAGGUAGUUGAGCCACGAUGCAGCCAUCCAGUCAAUCAGAAAGACAUUCGAAAGCGUUGUAACUAGCUUAGAACGAAAAGCACGAGAGGUCAGAUGUGCAGGCUAUGGGUUUAUCUAUUUGUACAGACGUACAAUUUUGUGGCCACAUGCUGUCCGAUGUCUUGCCAAUUCUGUCGCAACUGUCUAAGAUUUUUCAGCGAAGAGACUUGGACUACACAGUUGUGAAACCACUGGUGGCAGCAACAAUCAGCACAGUGUCAGCUCUUAAAACCACCCUGGUCAAUAUUUCUCUAAGUUACCUAAAGUAAUGGAAAAUCUUGCCGACAAACCUUUCCAAUUCUCCAUUCCAACACCACAUCAAGUCAACAUGUUCAAGACAUCGUAGAUGUCAUAAUUGGUUGAGUGAAGUGCUGUAUAACAUCAUGGAAGCUGCAAGCCCAGGGAUUGAGCACUUACAAAAGAGUAUCGUCAGUAGACUUCGAUCUGGUAUUGCCAUUGACUCUAUAACCCAAUGUAUUGAUGAAUUGGUAACCAACAGUAUUGAUGCUGGUGCUAGUUGUAUUGCAGUCAGAACCAAUAUUAGUAUACUGCGAUUUCAGGUUGUGGACAAUGGUUGUGGCCUCACUAAAGAUCAACUAUCCAUCAUUGGUGAAAGAUAUGCAACAAGUAAAUGCAAUGAACUAAGUGAUCUUGAAAGAUUAGAGAAAUUUGGUUUCCGCGGUGAAGCAAUUGCCAGUCUUAAAGAUCUCUCCAGCAUACUGGAAAUAGAAUCAAGGGAAAAAGCAUCAUUAAAUACCUUUUGUAAGAUAUUUAGUAAUUCGAGUCCCACUCAGGUUUUUCAAAAGAAAAACGACAGACCAAGUCAGGGAACAACUGUUACUGUUCAUAGUCUCUUUCACAAUCUACCUGUCCGUCAAAAGCGAAUUAAUGAAUCACUUGAGCUUGAAUCAAUUCGACAUAGACUGGCUGCAAUCGCUUUAAUUCAUCCAAAAAUCUCAUUUUCUCUUCGAGAUGAUUCCUCCAAUAGCAUUAUACUGCAGACAAGGAAAACUGGUUCAAUUGGAAGGAGUUUUGCUUCUCUAUUUGGUGAUAAAAAAGCUGCUUGUCUGAAAGAAAUCAAAUAUUGCAAUGAAGACUUCAGCAUUGAGGGUUUUAUUGGGACUGAUGGACACCAUAACAAAAGCCUUCAGUUCAUGUAUAUUAAUAGCCGAUUGCUACUUAAAACAAAGCUCCACAAGUUGGUGAAUACAUUACUGAGUAAAUCACUAAUAGCCAGAAAAAAACUGUGGCAAACCUCUGAAACAAUCCAAAGUACAUAUAAUCAGAUUAAUGCUAAUAGUCCUGGCAAGGCAACAGAUCAAUUUGGAAUUUUUGUACUGAACAUCAGUUGCCCACUGGCAGAUUAUGAAAUUACCCUUGAUCCACGGAAGACACUAGUUGAGUUUAAAGAAUGGGAGAAGAUUAUUGGAUGUUGCACAGAACUUGUAAAUGACUUCUUAUUCAGGGAAAACCUCACAAUGCCAAUAGAUAACAUCACAACAGAGAUACAGUUAAAGAAACAAGAUGAUCUAUUAUUACCCAGUGCAAACAGUGAUUUACAUAAAGACAUCAGUGUAGAUCGGUAUGGGCAAGCAAUCUCCACUUCCUCCUGCACCAGUACACUGCAUUCUUUGAUAGUGAAAAGGCCAUCCACCUUUGAAAAACAGCAAUGUCACAUUAAAGAUAUUUUAGAUUCUGAUACACCUAUAUCACUGGACAAACCAGGUGAAAAUAUGAAAAAAGUUUCAUUGGAGCUUAAAAGCAAUAUCCAAAAUGAUGGUAAGUCUUCAAUCACAUUAGAUGUGACUGAAGUGUGCCCCAACAGUGAUUCUACACCAGGUGCAUCUGAAACAACUGAAUCUAUUGAAGCUGAAGAAAGAUGUGCAGGAAAUGAUUUUACUGAUGAUACAGACAAGCAAACUGCUACUAACAUGCAAAUGACACAAAAUCGUAUGUUAUCUGUGAAAGUAAAUGGCCAAGAGAUGGUUGACGAACUUGAAUUCCUUGAAGAAGACUGUCAUCAGAAUUCUACUAAGUCACCAGAACAAACUGUUGAUCAUAUGUUGAGUAAUUCAAUUGUUCCAUGUGGAACAAAUUUGCUAUUUGACAGAAAACAAAGAAUGCUAUCCAGUGAGUCUGAAAAUUCUAUAGUUUCAAUGAGUUUAAGGAAAAUGUCUAAUGUUAGUGACAGUGAUUGCUCUAAAAUAAAUGUCACAUCUGAUAUUCAUCCAGAAGGCUUUAAAGAUAUAUCCUAUGCAUCAAACAGUAACCAUUGUACAUCCAUAAAAAAUGAUGAUGCAAAACUUAAAAACCAAUACUGUCAUCAAUGCAAAUGUUCCCAUGCUGAACUUCAUAGGCGAACGUUUCACAAAGUAAGUGGUAAAGAUCUUCUAGAAGAUCUUGAGAAAUUGGAUGCAGACAGUCAAGAGAGUAUGGAAGACAAAAACUUGUGUGAUGAUUCAACAAAUUUCUUGCAAAAAAGGCAAAAACCAUCUACCAACCAUCUAAAGAAUUAUACAAAUUCAUUGCAGAUAUUUAAGAAGAGUGAAUGCAGAACUGGCUCAGUGCAAUCAAUGCUGGCACAUAAACUAAAACAACAAAAGGAAGGUUGUGAUACUGAUAAGCAAAGAUAUAAGCUUGCAUACUUCCAUCAGGUUCCAGCUGUUCUAUCAAAAACUAUAGGUGAUAAAGAAGAUACAAUGGUAGCCCUGUCUUCUUUCAACAGAAAUAUAGAAAUGCAAGCCAUUAAUUCUACAACCAACCAAGUUAAUAAUGCCAAGGUAAUAUUGAAGCCAAACUCCAAAUCAACUCCCAAGGAAAAAUGUGAAGAUCACAUACAUGAUGUUAUUUUUGAUGUUAUUAAUGUGAGAUUGCAACAAGGCUCUAUGCCUUCAGAUGAUGACUCUUUUUCAUGUGAGAACAAUGUCAUUGUUUCAAGUGGUCACUCCAUUGAGGAUACUGCAGAGGAUAUACAAUUAUCUAGUUUUGAUUCUAGUGAUAAUGAGGCUGGGCUAGAUUUUGUAGAUCUUUCAGUUGAUGCUGAAAGUUACAAAAUUGCAGAUAACAGUGAAAACAUAUCUGGAAAACCAGUACUUGUUGAAAAUCUGUCACAGUGUAGCAGAAAUUCCAAAAACAAGUGUGAUAAUAAUGCUCAUCAGAAAGACAGUGAUGUUUUAAAGAGAAACUUCCAUGUAGAAGAGGAGGAAACAAGUUUUGGACCAAAUUCUGAAACUGGAAUAGAGCAAUAUCUCCUCGAUUCUACAAUUAAGUCUGCACUUGAUUCAGAUCUUACUAAUCCAUCUUUACCUACAGACAAUUUGAACUCUUCUGAAAAAGAACCAGUUACAGAAAAACAGCCUUGUGAAAUUUCUUUGACAUCAUGUACAGAAUUUCUUCCCUCACCUUCAGAUUCUUCAUCCCACUACCAGAAUCUACCAGAUGCAGUGAUUACAGAGAAUGAUAUUAAUGGGUGGUUGUGCCAUUAUGAUCAUAGACUUGGAAAAAAUGUCUAUGUGAAUAAAUUCACUGGUAACAGUCAAUUUGUGGAACCAAUCCAAAUUGAGGAAGAUGACAGGUCUGACUGUCAGGAUGGCACUAGCUGCUCCGUAUCAAAAGAUAGAAAGAAAAGGGCACAUCCAUUCCUAUCAUGCAAUGCAACACCAUUUCUCCCAAGAACCAAGAAGCAGCGACAGAGUUUUAACCCACAUGGAAUUGCAGUGAAAGAUGUGGAUGAAAGUUUCGCUGAAAAAAAAUCUACCACAGUAUCCUUAGAAAAUAUGGUUGAUGAUCAUUUGAAUGAGCUGGAAGUAGAUAUUGAGUGCAAGUGGAAAAAUCCCUCAGAAAUUAUAAAAACAGGUAGUGAUUUGAGCAGCCUCAUAACUCACUGGGAUUCUGGUGCUGCUAUUUAUGCUAUUGACAAUAGUGAAGAUGGAUUAAAUGAGGGAUUUUCCAAGGUUAGAAUUAAAUCAUCAAAGUUGCAUCCACCAAUAACCAUGACAUUCGCCUCCAAAGAGAUGAGACUGAUUGUUGGCUUCCAUGAUAGGUUUAAGAGGAUGGGCCUACAAAUGGAUUGUGUUGAAAAUGCUGUGGAAGUGACUAGUGUACCAGCUUGUUUCGUUGAACAUGACGUGAGUGAAAUGAAACACGGACGAAAACCAGUAACAGCCGCAGUUGUCGAGUCAUUGGUAAAUGAACAAUUAACCUUGUGGGUGGAGACAUCAGGAGCAUGUGCGACCUUGCCUCAGACAAUUAUCAAAGUGCUCAACUCUCAAGCAUGUCAUGGUGCUAUCAAGUUUGGUGAUAUGUUGGAUAUGGCAGAGUGCCAGAAACUGGUAGAUGAACUAGCAAAAUGUGCUCUACCGUUCCAGUGUGCUCAUGGACGCCCAUCAAUUGUGCCAAUUUUAGACUUUAACUUGAUGCGACCUGUUCCUGUUUCUGAGGUAUCAAGUAAGCCACAUCUUUCGAAAUUACAGAAGUCAAGCCCUGGUCGCAAUGAGCCUGAUUAACGACUCAAAUCCUUGGACUAUUAAUAAAAUCAACAAUACAAGCUAUAGCUGGUGCUAGCGCCAUGAAUUUUUAAUCUAACAAACGAAAGCAUUCAGGUGUAGUGCAGAAUAAUUUUUUUUAACUACACAUGAUCAUUAUAUGAUUAAUACAUGAUUUAAGAUAGUAAGUAUAUCUUUAAAAAUGACAAAUAUUCAGAUAACAUAUAAGUGGGAUUAAACCUAUGCUUAAAUUUAUUAUUUAUUAAGUCAGUAUAUUAAAAUUCAUUUUGCUCAGAGAUUGUGAAAAAUAAAGAUAAAUGCAAUACAUAAUGUAGGCCUAUGUGAAAGAAUUCAUAGGCCUACGAAACAUGCAACACUUCUGGCUGGCCUGUAAAGGAGGGUAGAGUACAGUAGAUAAGAAAUGAAUAAAUAGUAUAGAACAUAAAUAUUCAUACACUGAUCUUUUCCCCUAUCAAACAGAUUCUUUCAAUAUACUAGAAUGCUUUCGGCAUGGAUAAAAUAAGUUUCUGUUCACACUGAGGGCUGAAUAGGUUUCUCUUCAUACUCACAGCAGUAAACUUCUGUUAUACUGGUAGUUUAGUAACUUUCUGUUCAUAAUCAAUCCUAUUAAUAUUUAGUUCAUAGAUAGAUAGAUAACUUUAUUGUUCUCAUAAAAGUACCAAAGGUAAUUCAUCUUCCUUUGCCAAAUGCUUAACAAGAUUACACAAGUGCAAAAUGACGAAAAAAUAACUAUCAAAAAUAUAAAGUUACAUCAAAAAUUUUGUAUGAAAAAAGGUUAUUCAUUAUUGUGUACAUUAUAAAAAUAUUAUAAUAAUAAUUAUUACAUUUGAAAAAAUUAAAUAAUUUAAUUACAAAAUACAAAAUUUGAUCAAUAAUUUAGUAUAAAAGUAGGUCAUUCAUUAAUGUAUUUGAAUGUAAUUAAGGUCUUUUCAUACUGAAAAGUGCAGUAAAUUCCUCUUUAAACUGACUGAAAUGUUGAGUUCAUACUCAGAGACAUUACAUUUCUGUUUGUAUUGGCUGCUGAAUAACUUUCAGUUCAUUUUAUGUCCUCAAUAAUGUUAAAUUCAUACACAGGACCACUUUCUGUUUAUUAUACUGAUGGCUGAAUAACUUUCAGUUUAUACUCGUUCCUCAAUAAUGUUGAGUUCAUACUCAGGGCCAAUCACUUUCUGUUUUACUGGUGGCUGAAUAACUUUCAGUUUAUACUCAGUGCUCAGUAAUUUUUUUUUUCCAAUUUGCUCAUACCUGAAUACAAUAAUUUUUGUUUAAUUUUAAAAAAUAUUUUGAAUCAUAAGAAGAGGACAGACAAGAUAAAUACAUUCUGUUUUCUUAUUAUGAUCAAUACUUUGGGAUAAAUGAAAAUACCUUGUAUUCUUUUUUGACUGCAGCUCUAUACUUUCAAUUCAAAGUAUCAGUCAGUCUAUUAAAAACAUAAAAUAUCUACACAAAAACAUAACUUUCAUUCCCAUCUAAAUGUUUCCUAAUACUGUACAAGAUACAGUAUUUAUUGUCAAUUUAUAGUUACUUUACAGUAUAUGGAAAGGCUUUUGUUAAUAAUAUGUAUUCAAUGUUUCCUGAUGAAUUAUUUUUGUCAAUUUAUAGUUAAUAUAUAAUGAAAAGUCUGUUGUUAAUUUGUACAUGUAAAGAAAUAUUGUUGUACAGUACAGGUAUGUGUUAUUUUCUUAAAAAAUGGAUUUGUCUGUCAAUGAUGGGGUAGAGCAAUUGUAUGAAAGUAAUUAAGGUAUAUAAACCUAAUGUUUUAUAUUGUGCAAUACAAAUUUUAAAAAAGUG